CUUUUAAUAGGCCCAAAUGUCGGCAUUAUCAUAUGAUUCUUCAUCAUUCUAUGUUCAGGGAUUGGCAACAAGUAUUUCAAAGCGGCUUUUCAAUGACCCCGACAAUUCACUUGUAUUGAACAUAGCACCAACUGGAAGACAAGCAAAGAGAAAUGCUCAACAGAUCAACUACUCUGAGGAAUAUGUCGACGAUUUUGAUUUUGAAGAUACUCCAUCCUCUAGUAUCUUGAAGAAUACUUCAAGUACCCAACAGCAAUCGAACAUCCAAAAGUACACGCCUGCUCGAAAUACAAUACACAUUAAAGAUCUUGAAGAUGAGCAUAGAAUUAGUGAACUUGUUCAUAAGACCGAUACUUUAAUACCUAUUAAGAUAAGUCUUGAGAACCCAAACUCUACACACAAGGUAGUUGAUUUUUUUAUGUGGAAUUUGAAUGAAACAUUGAUAACGCCUCAACAGUUUUCAGAAAUAUUAUGUACCGAUUUGGAAUUACCCAAUUCAAUGCAACAGCAGGUCGCAGAGUCAAUAAUUCAGCAAAUUGAAGACUACAAUUAUGUUUCAAACCUUCAGCUACCACUUGGAAACCCAUGUGUCAUUAUUGUUGAUUUAUCGGUUAAUCUCAACAAACAAUUGUAUCAAGACAAGUUUGAGUGGGAUUUAGCUCAAUCUGAAGUAACACCAGAACAAUUUGCUCAUAUAGUAGUUUCAGACUUGGGUUUAUCAUUAGAGUUCAAGCCGGCCAUUUCACACUCAUUGCACGAGAUUUUGAUAAGGGUUAAGAAAGAGAUUAUUGAUGGUUCUUACAACAAUGAAAUUCAUAACUUGCAUUUGUUAAGAGGAUUGAUUUUUGAAAGUGGUAUACGUAUAGCGACUGAAGCCAGUGUACAAAAUGGAAAUGAUCAUUGGGAACCAGUUGUGGAAAUGCUUUCUCAAGCCGAGAUUGAGAAGAGGGAGAAUGAGAGAAUUAGAAAUAUGAGAAGACUUAAGAGAGAAAACAUGAGGCGAGAUUAUGAUGACUUUAGUUCAAAGAGAAGACAAACAGCUUCAAGAAGAAGAUACGACGAGUUGGAGGGAACUUGGAGAAAUCUGUAAAUUAGUGUACCUUUAUAAAAUGCAUAAUCAAAAAGAAUCCGAAUAUAUACAAUCUUUUAUUGAUGCUGGACUCUACUAGUUUGAUAUUCUAUUUGUUGAAUAGAUACUAAUAAAUGUUAUAUUGAUCCA